UCCUGUCCUCCCUCCACUACACCACGCGGCCAGCCGCCCAUCGAGCUCCCGCCGCGUGUGCCCGUCGCCUUCGCGCUGCGCCAUUAAACAAUCGGGCUGGAGCUAACAGCUGCGCGCCCGAGCCCUCUCGUCCCACUCCUACGUGUCCCGCUGCCCUGGCCUGGCCCCCGGCAGGUGGAGGUGGAGGUGGAGAUCAAGAACCGCCGGUGCUCGUUCGCCCCAGUGCCUCGACACUCUUCUUGGAUCGGGGAGCCGAGCGGGGCAGAUCAAGAUUUGGGCUGCGGGCGGGCGGGCGGGCGGAGGUGGUGAGGGUGAGGAGGAGGAGGGGGCGCGAUGGAGAAGGAGAAGAAGAUGGAGGUGGAGAAGGUCAGGGUGGAGGCGACGCGGCGGUGGGUGAUCGGGGUCGGGUUCUGGGUGCAGGGGUUCCGGCUGUUCCCGUGGCUGGGCGUCAACUUCUUCCUCAAGGACGGCAUGGGCGUCGCCGCCUCCUCGCUGCAGAUCCUCCAGGCCUCGGCCAACCUGCCCAUGGUCGCCAAGCCGCUCCUCGGCCUCCUCUCCGACGCCGUCCCCAUCCGCGGCUACCGGCGCCUCCCCUACGUCGCCAUCGGCGCUCUCUUGCAGGCGAUUUCAUGGUUAGCAAUUGCCCUCUGGCCAGCUAUUUCUCUUCCAGUUCUUACCAUUUUUCUCCUCUUGAGCAACUUUGGUGCGUCCAUAUGUGAGGUUGCCAAUGAUGCCAUUGUAGCAGAAGCUGGGAAGCAAACGACCUCAUCCUCAGGGUCAGGUCAGCUUCAAUCCUUUGCUUGGAUGUUUGGUUCAUCUGCUGGUGCUUUAGGAAAUCUUGUUGGUGGCAUUGCUCUCAGCUACUUUUCUCCAAAAAUCAUGUUUCUCUUUUUUGCGAUCCUUCUCGUGCUCCAGUUCUGCACUACUGUGGCUAUACCUGAAAGCUCCCUCCAACUCCCAAAGCCAGACACUAAUCUAUCAGCUCUCUCCAGCAUCCGUAAGCAAAUCAAAGAGCUGUCAUGUGCGCUGUGCAUGCCUGAGAUAUUUUGGUCUGUCAUAUGGUUUUCAGUGUCCUAUGCUGUCAUACCAUUUCUACUUGGGACCAUGUUCUUCUAUCAGACUGAAGUUUUAAGACUUGACUCAUCAGUUAUCGGUCUGUCCAAGGUUUUUGGACAAGUAGCUCUGUUAGCUUGGAGCGUGGCAUACAAUAAAUACUUCAAAACAACACCUGCACGGAAGGUCCUAUCGGCUCUGCAGUUUCUUACAGCUCUCAUAAUGCUGUCAGAUGUGCUAUUUGUCCAGGGUGUAUACAGAAACUUCGGAAUACCAGAUUCCAUGUACACAAUUGUGUUCUCAGGGCUGUUGGAGGGUCUAAUGUUGUUCAAGGUGCUGCCCUUCAGUGUUCUUGUUGCAAAACUUUGCCCUUCAGGGUGUGAGGGAUCGGUUAUGGCUUUUGUCAUGUCUGCGCUUGCCCUCGCAACUAUAAUCAGUGGCUAUCUUGGGGUUGCACUUGCUGAAUUCAUGGGAGUAUCUGGAGGUGAUUUCUCAGCAUUGCCUACUUGCCUGUUAAUUGAAGCUGCAUGCACAGUGCUGCCACUUUGUAUCUCCUCAUUGAUAAAAGAAAGGAGAGAAAAGGAGAAGAAAGAAGAAUAGAAUUCAUCUAUAGGAUUCGAUGAGGUUGGAUUGGUGCUUGUUAUACUUUACCAGUUUACUCUCAUCUUUGGAGCCAUAUGGAGUUGUCGAUAGUUCAGUUUGAAGAUUUGAACAUAGCUCAUGGAAACAAUAUAGAAGGGUAGGUCCCUCGAGAGGUUUUCAGUGUUUAUCGAGAAUUAUGUUCAACGUAAAGGGCAUAUAUGUACCUAUAUUUGUGUUACCAUUUUUCUAUAGAUCAAGUAUUAUUUC